AUGCAACACCUCAAGCUUCCGAGCAGUAUUCACAAAGAGCUCCUCAUUACCUGGCAUCUGCUAUACACCAACGUGGGAGAAAGCAUCAUCCUCCCCAUAAUCGGCAUGCUGGCCCGUUUCCUUCCAACCCCAGCUCUGCUCCUCAGUAUUCCCUGGCCACAGCUCGCCCUCAUUCUCUGCAAAACCGUCGCCAUCUUCCUCUGCUACUCGUACAUCUUCGAGGUCGUCAACCAGGUCACCUCAGUCGAAGAGGACCGAAUCAACAAGCCGCACCGGCCCAUCCCCUCCGGUCUACUCACCGUACGCGGCGGCCACCAACGCUGGGCACUCAGCUGGCUCAUCUGUCCCUUGCUGGUCUACUACCUCGCAGGGCCCGGCGCCUCGGCCCUCCUGCUCUGGUACCAGCUCUGGACGUACUUCUGCUACGUCUGGCCGAGACUUAACCACUUCGUGCUCCGUAGCGCGUUUGUCGCGGUGGGCGUGUAUAACAUGUUCCGGCUCAUCGAUGAGACCAUCCGCAGCGUUAUCGCGUCCUUCCCGCUGCCGCCGGUGAGGUUCUAUCUGUGUCUGUCUGCGUGGGUCAUGGCUACGAUCCAUCUGCAGGAGUUUCAUGAUAGUGAGGGGGAUAGGGUGAUGGGGAGGCGGACGUUACCGGUUGUCGUUGGGCCUGAGUGGGAGGGGGCGCUGCGCUGGGCGACGGCGUUGGUGCUCGGUGCAGCUGGGAUGUCGCCGUUGAUGAAUUCUUGCAUGGCUUCCUGGCACUGUGGUGGUGCCGUUUCUGGCAGCGUGGGAUGGAUACGUACCGGCGCCGUGGUGACUGCAGCACUACAUGCGAUCUUUGCGGUUUUUACUGGUGUUCGAUGCGUCCGCGGAGGGAAAGCGACAACGGCGUACGAUCGUCGAACAUACAAGCGGUUCUAUAUGAUGGCCGCGUACACGAUGAUCUGCUAUCUGUCAUUCAUGACAGCUGUGUGGGACUAG